UUUGUUUUUUUUUUUUCUCUCCAUAGCUAAAAAUCAAAAGGCCACCCAUUUCUCUCACUCGGGCAUCAAGAAGCCCUUUCUGAAGUUGCCCUCCAGACGAGAGAAUCCCUAGAAAGGCCCUGUUUUCCUCUGCCACUCUCAAUCCUCGCUGGCUGAAAAACACAACCUUUGCCCCAGAAACCGAUCGAUCCAAUGGCAUCGAGGGCUCUGCAAAUAGCAGCCAGAAACCUAAGCCGAAACCCUAGCUUCAUCCACCGCGUCUUCUCGUCUUCCUCAGCCUCCAAUGAUGCCGACAACAACAACUUUAAGCUACCCUCACUACCAUCCCCUAUUUCCUUUCAAGAAUUCAAAGUCUCUUUCGACGCUAUUCGGGAGAGCUUGAAGCAGCGGGAGAGGAGCUUGAAGCAGCGGGAGUCUUCAUCCUCGACUGGGGGCGGCCAGACCAUGGAGAUGCCCUCUUUCGACGCUUGGUGGAAGAGAUUGAAUCAGCCGCAGUCUGAAAAUGAGAAGGCCAAGAAGUUCUCCAGAAUGAGUCAAAAUGUUGAGAUUAGUAAGGCAAAUUGGACUGACCCCAUCCAAAGAAAACACUUUAUUGAUCUUUGUCUUCAAGAGGCAAACAAAGGCUUUAGAUCAAGUGGAGGUUUAAAGUCUAGUGCUUGGCCUCGAAUUGCUGAAGAGUUGGAGAAGUUACUUGGAAAACGUUUUACUUCAAAACAACUUAAGAAUGAGUGGGAUUACAUGAAAAGACAAUAUCUCAUUUGGAGUAAAAUGAUGACUAUGACAGGACAUGGUUACAACUCUGUAACCAAAACUUUUGAUUGGCCAGCUGAAAAAUGGGAAGAAUAUCUACAGAAAUAUCCAGAAGCUAAACAAUUCCGUUUUAAACCAUUAGCAAAUAUGGAAGAAUUAGAGGCAUUGUUUGGAGGAGUGUUAGCUACUGGGUCUAAAAAUUGGAGCUCUGGAGGAGUGAUAGCUUCUGGGGCUGAGGAAUCAUCAACACAUUCUACAUCUAUGCCUAGCGAAACUUCAAUUAGUUUAGAAGAAGAUGAGAAUUUGCCAAGAAAUACGAAUGAUGAAGCAGAAGGUUCUAAGAAAAAACAAAAGAAAGGAAAGAAAGAGCAAAAUCAAGAAGAAAUGAAUAGAAUAAUAAAUGUGUUGGAGAAUUUUGAAGGACCCUCAGUCAAAGAAUGCAUGAAGAUUUUGAAGAAGCUCUUGACUUAUGAGGAUCCAUUAUACUAUGUAGCAAUUAAUGGAUUUUGCAAGAAGAAAGAGUAUAGAGAGGUGUGGGUGGAGAUGGAAAGUGAUGAAGAGCGAAUGGGAUGGAUUCAAAGCUUGCGAAAAUAACGUUUUAAAUAUUUGUUUUAGAUUUAUGGAAUACAUUAGGUAUAUGACUUAUAUGAUGAUUUAAAUUUAGUACAUUUGAUUUGUUUGUUUUGAAUAUUUGAUGCAUUUAAAUUUUUCCAAUUAUAAGACUUUCUCUCUACAUUUUAUGGAUAUUUGUUACUCA